AUGAUCUGCGACCUACUCUGCCCGGGAGUUCAACUGCAAAUCUAUGCAGCACUCCAACUGGCGGUAGCUUUGAGCAGCCAGGAGUUCCGAGACCCUCUGAUGCAAUGUCUUCAUCAAGGAUUGCUAGGUUCGAUGCCAGCGCCCGACCUCCUCAUCAUGCAGGACGUGACGCAGCGCGCGGCUUUCUUUCAGCGGUCGGCAGCCUUUUGGACAUCUUGUUCAGUGUGCCUGACUGCCAUUCUUGGCAACCUCCUGUCUGCGUUCAGACGGAAGUCUGGACAAGACGUUCCAGCAUCAGUCGCCGCAGGUUGGCUGCUGCUUUGCAUUGCCGGAGCUGGAAUGAUGCCUUGUAGCCUCUUCUGGCUCGGCUUAGCAAUUGGCCUGUGGAUGUUGAUCAUGCGUCAACAGGUCUCUUCAGAUGAAGCUUCUUCUGAUGAAGAUCCGAAGCUUUCUCCGGAGACAGACCUUCGUCUGCUCAGCGACGAUCAGGCCUUCGGGAACGUGGCGCUGGAUUCGCGCAAUGGAGACUCUUCAAAGUUUGUCAUCUCAAUGAAAACACUGCUUUGCUUGAUAGCGCUUACGGCCGCAUAUGCCUUUUUAAUUCCCGGUAUUGUCACUAAAAUGUUUUCUGCGAAAGCUGUGGUUGGUGCCAGUGUCGUGCUUGACGUCGAGAAGUCCACCUUGGGCUUGAUUGUCAUGUUGUUCCAGAACGGAAUGUUGCUGCCAGCUCUCAUCAUUCUGGGAUAUUCUGUUCUUAUGCCAUUUGCGAAGCUGGUCGUGUUCAUUAGCUACGCACAUCCAGCCUUGAGAAUUCGGGGGCUCUCUUCGCCCGGAGCAGUCAGGGCUGUUCAGAAGAUCUCAAAGUGGGCGACAGUGGAUGUCUUCACCGCUGGCACAAUCUGUGGGUUGUUCUGCCAACCACAUUUGUACUUGGAGAUCAAGCUGCAUGAUGGUUUCUACUACUUCAUGAGCUAUUGUGUGUUGAGCGUCGUCGGCGCACUGCUGAUUCCCCUGCCCGCAGACCACAACGCGGAGUCGGAAGAUGUCCAUGAGGACAGCGACAGUGGUGCCACUGCUGGGCUAUGUGCUUUGUCAUUGGUUGCGGGUGUCCUGGCAGUCGGGACAGUAGCAGGCUUGGCCUUGCUACCUCUGAUGAAGGUCACCUUUCCUAUGAUCGGCCUCGACGCCCGGAUGUCCAUCAUCCUGCUGAUCGCUUCACUAUGGGACCAUGGCUUCGUCGGGGCUGCUGUGUGCUUUGCCUUGCUGCUUCUCCUGGUGCCUGCAGUGGAUGUGGCCCUCUGCUCGGUGGCAUUCUUCGGCGGCUGCAACCCG